AUGCAUGCCAAAAUUUCAACAGAGAGUCUUGUAAAAUCUUGGUGGUUUGGCGUCUAUGAGAUUUACUACACCGAUAGAGUAAACCAGUCAAACUUGUCGGGUGUAGAAUUGUCCUUUGAGCUUGAGAGCCCUGACGGGCCGACUAUAGUCAGCGGCGGCGGAACAGAUAAUAUUGGGCCUUAUUCUAUUCAGGGUACCUAUAACAGUGUAUCGACAGUUAUUACCUUUACCAAGCAGUACACCGAUGUCAAUGCCAAUACGGCCUGGCGCUACAAGGGCGUAUACAAUGACAAACUGUUCUCUGGAACAUGGGGUACUGAUACCAACCCAAAUAUGGGUAAUUUCUUGAUUAAACAGAAUGCUAUUCUUGAAAGACCCUCGGAUGAGUUCUCGGAUGAAGGGAGUUGGAAAGGAUAUUAUUUCGAUUCCGACAACAAAGGUACCCUGAUGCUAAUAUACUUGACUGUAUGGACAGAUAUGCAUGGCGUCGAGGUGGUCAAUGGCUCUGGUACGGAUGUAGUUGGUCCGUUUACCCUUGAUGGACACAUUCAAGCCAACAAUUCG